ACGAGAAUGCCAAACCCAAAUGUGAAGAGGAGGCUUCACCAAAAUUGUUAUCACUGCGAGUCAGGACUCGGAAAGCUGUUGCAUAAAUCACUGCCUCUGUGAAUGUGUGUGUGUGUGUGUGUGUGUCUGCCUCCACACCCUUUAAGAAGGGGUGUGGAGUUUUCCAAUUCAUUCUGACAGUCUCUCCUGGGACGGCGCUGGUGACACACAGACGAGAUCUCUCCUCACCCAAAUUCUACGCAGUUGCGAUGGCGGGUUUGGAUGAGGUCAUUACGAAUCUGGUGGGUGUUUUCCUGAAAUAUGCUGGUGAUGACGGAGGCAAGAAACCCAAGAUAAAACAAGAUGAUGUUAAAGGCAUGUUGGAGCAAGAAAUACUGAGUCCCGAGUUAAAAGCUGUAAUUGAUGCAGAUGAGAUCGAGGAAGCCACGAAGGUGAUGGACAAAAACGAUGACGGUGAGGUGAACUUCCACGAGUAUUGUCGCUGCGUCACGAAACUUGCCAAAACCUACUACAUCAACAAGACAGGAAGAGGUGACAAGAAAGGCAAGAAGAAAGAGCAGAAGUGAACCAGAGACGACAAACCCUUAACGCCUAUGCAGAACCUGAAAUUUAUCUUCUAUAAGAUUUAUACAUGGAUAUGUUAUUUGUGACACUGAUGCAUCUUAUUUCAUCCUGUUUGCACAUUUAAAACAUGCAUGAUGAAAAGUCACAUCCAUUAUCUUUGUCUUAUUGUAAGCCUCCUUUUAUUCUGUUCAGGAUGACAAUAAAAGUUUCAGUUUCUGCGCC